UUUUUUCCCCAAAUAAUAUAUUGUCUAUAACGGUUAUCUCAGAAUUCACUGAAGAGUUUAUUUUUAAAAUUGAUCUUGUGCAAGUUAUCGACAACACAUUAUUCAAUAUUCUACAGCAUAUUUCUUGUUUAUAAUUGCUUUAUUCAGAAUAAAUUUUAAUACAUUAUUAUUUAAAAAAAUAAAAUAUCGUUUUGGAAAAGCUACCUAACGUCAAUCUUUGUCAUUCGUGGCUAUGGUAUAUUUUUAAACAUUAUCAACUUGGAAUUUGAGCAAAUCUUAAAUUUGACGCCAAAAAUCAAAUUCCGCAACUUUGAAAAUAAAAUAGCUCAUUUAAAUUUUAUUUGUAAGGAAAGGUUUUUUUUAAAAAAUAAUAAUAAUACUCUUGACCUAUAUGUUUUUGCGCUGCAUGUCUUUUUUUUUUUAUUCAAGCCAUUUUUUUUUGUUACAUUGGUGUGGUUAUUUUUAUUGAAAAUAUUUUUAUUCGUUAUUGAUACUUUAUAGUACUUAAGAUUUAGUUGACAAACCUCCACUUCUAGAUAAAACAGGUUUAAAAAUGUCUACAAUUCAAAAGAGUGAACAAAAAGAUGAUGUCACUGAAUGCCUUGAAGCAGCUACAAGUUUGCAAUCUAUGUAAGUGUAGCUAUUUAAAAUAAGAAUAUUUCUGCUGUUUUAUUGAUUUGAUUAAAUAAUGCAAAACGUCAAUUAUUCUUUACAUGAAUGUUAAGCGUUAUGAUGCCAUACAAUUUAUUUUUAUCCAUAAUUGGUUGCUACAAGUCUGAGUUUCUUUCAUAGAAUUUCCCCCGCUAGUUAUUUCAGAUUUUGCGGUGGGCUGUGCUAUUGCCCUGGGACAUAAAUAAAUUUAUAGGGGAAGGGACUGCUGUCCCGUAUGUCGGACUAGCAAAAAUGUGAUGUGAUGGCUUUUAAUUGUUGAAAAUAUUAGUUUCAAAUUUGAGGUUUUUUAAAAUGAAUCUUUCCCUCUGGCGACAAACAUUCUAUCCAAAGCCUCUGCAAGUGCAUAGGAAUGUCCAGCGAGGUGAAACGUUUUCUUUAUAUUCAGAGCUGACAUUUUAUGACAACUGAAGAUUUUGUAUCGUUACAGGUGUCCCAUCAUUAAGCUUGACCCACCGAGCUAACUAGCUACCGAGUGUAAUAAUUAUAUUUUUUUUUAUUAUAUGAAACUCAUUAAAAAAACUUAACAAGCAAUAGAAUGCUUAAUUUUAUUUGUGUUCAUUCUCUUAUUCCAUUCUCCUAACUUUCCAUUUACUAGUUGCUCCGAAACAAAGAAGUCUGAGCUGGAGAGAAAAAUGAAUAGUGAAUUUGUGGAAAUUACGACUGUAAAAGUUUCAGAACGCAUCCAGUUGUCGCAAAGUAAGAUUCAAGAAACAUCAACGCCAGGAUUGACAAACACAACAACAAGGUUGGACUAAAAACGCGUUGUAGCAAAACUUAUUAAGAAAAAUUAUGGCUUUAAAUUACACCUGACUUGAGCGGGAUUUGGUGAAACGUUUUUUCUACAAAUUCAGCAUUAAAUAAAAUUUUAAAAUAUUCAAAUCAUUUUGUGUACUAGUUUAUAAUAUUAAUUUUAAAAAGCAUAUUAGCCUUUCCAUUAAAAAAUCGAAUUAUAAAUUAAUCAAUUGGCCAUAUAAUAGUAACGAAUCAAUGUUAUCUUUUUGAAAGCUUCCAUAAAUAUUGACGCUUAUGUGGAUUAUAUGCAUAAAUUUCAUUGUUUCGACAACAUGUAGUUCAAAUUAUUCCUAUGUUAUAAAAAUAAUUUCUUCACUACAUUUUCCCCCAAUUAUUUAUUCAUGAGCUUUAGAAAAUUUAUAGGCAAACUUUAAAAAAAAGUAAAGUAAUUAUUUUAUCUUUUCCCUAAAAUUGUAUGAGAUUUUUAAUGGAAUUAUCAAUGUUCUGGAUAACACAGGUGAAGAUUACCAAAGUAUGUUCACAAAAAAUAAAUGAAGGCUAACUUUUUUUAAAAUGGUUCAAAUAUUUCAAACAAUUUCAAAAUCAAAUCACAUAAUUGUUAUACACUUGAAUUUAAUUGAACUUAAUUAAUUUUGCUUAUUUUAAAAAAUAAUUCUCCAGAUCAUCUGAAUCAACAAGUUCGAUGCCUCUUAAUCAAGAUAAAAGUAAGAAAAAGGUAUGAUCUGUAGUAUUUUAUAAAUGUACAGAAUUCGGCCACAAAUUAGCGAUACAUGGGUUAAGUAUAAUUGAAUCGCCUUAUGGUGGGGCAACCGUUUUGUCCCAGCUGUCACGUUAAUUAGUUGCGAGCUAAAACUCAACUGUAGAAAUCCCUAUUAGAAGGCUUCUGACGCUUCCCCUGGAUGGAUGGAAGAAGACUUUAGAAGUACAUAUACCAUCCAGACCUUUGAGGGAGUCGACUGCUGACGCUUAGUGAGCAGCGUAACCAGCCUACUUAUAUUCUUUAUUUCCUGUCAUAUUUGUCUUGGAAAAUCCAACUUCCGACAGUGACAAUGGCGAUCAAUUAAGUUUUUAACUAGUUUCUAAUUCUUGUAUUUUCAUGUGUCCGGUCUGCCGAGGAACGCUCUUAGUCGAAACUUUCACAUCUUAUCGUCCUGUCUUUUGAUUCAAGCUUCCACAUAUCUUGUUCUUCUAUUUCCUUCAUACAGCUUGAAUGCAGUCCUUCAUUAAUUAUCUUUUUUUUUAAAUACUGUGUUGAGUGACAAUGUUAAAAUUUUAUUCACCAUUAGGGAUCUUCUACAAGUUUUAAAAAAUACUACACCUAACUAAAUGAUUAACACUGGAGCAAUUACGAUUUUCCUCAAAUAAGGGGAACAAUGAAGGCAAUCUUUGGGGUAUCUCACCGCAAACUUUAAACAAAAUUCUUACAAGUUAUUGUAAUAAUACUCUGGGAAAUUAUCCUACACACAACAAAUAUCCACGUGCUCAACCCAUUUACAUAUUUUUACAAGUUUAUUGAUAUUUUUCUACUUCAACCAGCUAAGUAUAGCCCUCAUAUUAUAAUUCAUAGUAUGGUUAAAAAAAUAUUUUAAAAAUUAACAAAUGCAGCUCUCAAAAAAGUCCAAACUUUUAGUAUUAAAUUGCGUUAUGUAUUUAUAGUUAUUAUAUUUCAUUUUUUUUUCUUUAAAUUAGUUUUUGUUUAAUGUUUCAGACUAAACACUUUUGGAAUAAUAAUACCAAAGACAUUGACUUGUUACUUAUUGGUAAAACUGGAAAUGGAAAAAGUGCCACCGGAAAUACUAUUUUAGGGGAAAAACGUUUCGAAAGUGACGCAAGUUGUACAUCAGUCACACAGAUAGUAGAAUAUGGAAUUGUAGGCUAUAAGGGUCGGACAAUAAAAGUUGUAGAUGGUCCAGGUGUGGGAGACACAAGCAGCAUUGAUGACCUUGAACAAGCUACAAGAUUGGUCAUUGACAAAAUGAAAGAUGCAGUUCUUCUUAAUCCUGAAGGUUAUCAUGCGCUACUUCUUGUAGUUCGCUAUGGGGGAAGAUUUACUGCUGAAGAUAAAGAAAUGAUCAGAGUGCUCAAAGCAAUCUUUGGUCAAGAUUUUGUAAAAAAUUAUGGCAUCCUCGUGGUGACAUGUGGAGAUAUCUUUAAAUCUCAACAAAAGAUUAAUAAAAGUAAAAAAUUUAAAACAUGGUGUAGCGAGCAAAAGGGAGUGUUUCAGGAGUUGCUGCAAGAAUGUGAUAAUAGGGCAAUUUUAUUUGACAACGAAAAUAAAGAUCAAAAGACAAGAAAUAAGCAGAUAGAAGAAUUGAUUGAGACAGUUGGUAAACUUCAAUAUGGAGGACGACGAUAUACAAAUGACAAUUUUAAGAAAGUUGAAGCAACGCGGGAUCGCUUGCUUAUUGAGAUCAUAGAACCAAUCAUUAGAGAAGAUACUUUAAGGAAAAUAAAGCUUAUUACUAAUAAUUUGGAAGAAAUAUCAAAUGGAGGUGCUGAUAACAAUCAGGCCAAACUGGAAGAAUUGUUGAAAGAAACAGAAGACAUCUUAAAGAGCAUUCAUAGCACAGAUAAGGGAAGUGGAAUCCUGUCACAAACUCUUAUGUCGGUGGAAACACUUAAAAAUGCAGUGCUUAGUAAACUGAAACACGAGAAAGUAAUGUUAGAAGCAAAAUUAGAAAUGGAGAAAAAAGAAAAACAAAAUAGAGAAUAUUUAGAGGACCUUUCACGCAAGGGAAUUGAGGAACUUGAAAAAUUAAAAAAUGAACACAAAAUAGACGAGGAAAAGCGAAAGAGGGAACAAAAGGAGGAAGAGCAAAGGAGACAAAGAGAUGAAUCAUUAAGGACACAGCAAAUUAAAGAACGUGAAGAAAAUCAAAAAAAAGAAAUGGAAAAAGAACGUGAGAUUGUAAAUCAAACAUUGAAGGAAAAACAGCAUCAAUAUGAUAUCAUGUUGGCUAAUCAAGAGAUGAACGGAAAAGAGCGCAAAAAAUUGGAGGAAGAAAAACUGGAACUGAUUGAAAAAUCGAGAAAGGACAUACAAGCUUCAAGGGAGAAGGAAGAACAAAUUAAUGAAGAACACAGAAGAAACCAGGCUGUCCUAAUAGAGCAAAAUGAAGAAUAUAGAAAGGAUAGUGAAGAGAAGCUUAAACAAUAUAUCGCUAAUAAUAAAAGAAUAAUUGAAGAAACUAAGGAAGCUCAGGCGCUUGCAGAGAUGAGCGCAAAAGAAAAUAUUGAAAAACAGAAAAUGGAGAAUGCUAAGCAAUUAAAGGAGAUGGAAAGAGUAUAUGCGGAGAACAAUGAAAGACAGAAAGAAGCUAUGGAUAAAUUGACAACAGACCUUUCUACUGCACAACAUGAGCGUGACGAAGCAAUUAGAAAAAAUCAAGACUAUACUAAUAAAAUUCAAGAACUAGUUGUGGAAAAUGGAGCUCUAAAAAACAAGUCUGGUUGUUUUAUAAGCUAAAAUCUGAAACGAUUAAU